AUGAACAUAAGAUUGCAUUUUUACUACCUCCUCAUUUUAAUUUACACUUUAGGACUUGUGGGUGCGUAUGAAAAAGCAGCAAGAAAGAGAAUUCAACCUCCCGAUUUAAUACCUGGUCCUCCAGGACAUAAACCUGGCGAUGAAAGACCACCACAUUAUGAUCAUCGGCCUCAUUCUUAUAAAAAACACAUCAACAACAUUCCGGCGUAUAACCUCACUGAUUUGAUAGACGAUAAAAUACUUAACAAAUAUGGCAACUCAUGCAGAGCAAGUGUGUUAACAAGCGGAUUCAUCUCUCUAGCCAGCAAUUCAUGGCACUUGCGUACUUAUAAUUACACUUUAAAUUAUCCAUCCUUUUUAAUCCGUUGUGAUAACGGCAGUGACUUCUCUCACAUUCUACAGGACUUUGUUUAUGAUAUCAGCAACAAAUUUAACAUUCAAGAUGACAGUAGUAAGUACAUCGGAAAAGACCCAUUUCCCCUAGGAAUGAUAAUGAUUACCUUUGCUUCUGGGUGUAUCUGUGUGGCAACAUGGAUGCUUUUUUUGGUUGUUUUAUUACUUCCAUCUGAUAAUCAUAAUAGAAGGAAUAAAGUUGUGCAUAUAUACGUCCUUUUUUCGGCGAUUAUAAAAACGGUAUUCCUUAACGAGACCAUAGCCGUCAUAUUUGACAGCCAAUAUCACGAUGACUACCAGGAUGCGAGCCAAUUUGAAUCGUCCAUCGUAGAAACCGCACCAUAUAAAAUAUGUGAAUUAGUUACGAAUAUUUUGAGUGAUAUAAACUGGAUUUAUAUCGUUCAUUACUUACAGUCCAAUUAUGGAAAACCGACUUGGAAUUGGAUCCCAUUUAAAAUGAAAAAGGGCUCUCAUUUCAUAAUUAUUGUGGGUUGUCUCCUUUCACUAGUCGAUAACAUUUUAUUUGGAAAUCUUCUUUGGAGAAGGAAUAUUGUUGUUUUAAAGGUAUUUUUUAAGGUGAUCGACCUACUGAUUUACACAAUUUUUAUCUCUAUUAUUUGUUACUUCACAUGGCACAAUUUUGCUUACAUACUUUUACCGAGAACUGCUGAAACUAAUACGGACGGUAAGUGUAAAACACAACUGCGAAUACUUUGGGAGAACUAUCACGAAACAAUACCAUUAUUGGCGUAUAAUAUGAUAAUAUUUAUUCUAUUCUAUUUUACCACAAUUUUUUUCACUGCCUUCACUAAGCAUGUUAGAGGUUGGACUUUUAACUUUGUUCACUUUUUGAGAGUUUUGAUAACAGUGAACGUUUGGGGCUUAAUUGGUGUAUUGGAAAAGAGGGAACUGCAUAUAAGCAAAAAGACUGUACUUGGACGGAAAAUUAACAACAGAGAUAAAUUCUUUGCCAAUCCAACGGUCAAUUAUUACGGAGAUGAUUUAGGCAAGCAUGUAAGCACUAUAACGUUAAACCGGGAAUUAAAUCCUACUCAAAGUAAAGCUACUUCACACGGUUCAUCAAGUUUAGUGGCUUCUCCCUUGCCCAUCUGGAAAUCUCCGAUUGAAAGAAUAAGGGAGAGAAGAAGAAGACAUAAGAUAAUGAAAAAUGAGAAUAAACUUGAGCAAAGCCUCGGUUUUGGAAGUAAAUCGAAUUUCAAACCUAAUACAAAGACAGCGUUCUCCAAAUAUCGACAACUACUAAGGAAGCCCAAGCGAAAAGCCAAUUCGCAUGGACCCAAACCUGAGAUCGGGCCAAAUAAAAAAAGCUCGGUGGUUAGGCCAGGAGCCGCUAAUCACACCGGAGAUUCUAACUACCUAGCUACAGACUUCAGUGAUAACGAAAGCAUGGAAACUGAACUUCGAACCAACCACAUUUAUAAUUACGAAAGUAGUGAGUAA